UUUUAACAAAAAAUUGCUUUUUCAUAAAACAUGGCAAUUUUCCACCUUCUAGUAAAUUUAUUUUCCAACUCCUUUCCUUCCACCUUCUCCACAUUUUAAACAAAAAUUGAAGCAUUUCAUUAUGUUUGAUGGGCAAUUGCCUUUCAAAUAUAUUUAUUCAACGCGGAAUGGAUUUAAUUUUACGAUUCCUACAACUCCGACAAUCAAAUCCGACAACAAAUCUUUCACAUUCUCCAAAUCCAGAAGGCCCUGUCGAUGAUAUUCAAGACGAAAUAAGAGCUGAGGGAACUCAAAGGGUUCGUAUUGAAGUUCCAAAACAAGAAUUGACAGAGACUCUUUUACAAGAAUAUUUGGAAUUGGAAAGAAUGGCAAGAAGAUUGGAGAGAAAACAAGUGUUGAGCAAUUGGGAAACAAAAAAUCACCUUGCGGAUGAAGCUAUGAGAAAGCUUGUUCAUUUGGAGGCUAGGCAUAAAGAGUUGAAAAAACAAACGGAGAAAGCUCGAGCAGAUCUUGAACAUUUGAAGCAGCCCGGUAUUCGAGCCCACCUUCGACAACAAGGCAUUUAUCAGAGUAGACAUGAAAAGGCGAAAGAAUUGGUUGAGUCGGCAGUUGUUAAAGAGGAGAAUUCAUUUAAAGAGAUAGCGACAAUUAAAGCAGAAUAUUCCCGUGCACAACUUGUUGCCAACCGCUACCGUGAAACAUGUGAGAAACUUGAAAAAGCACAUCAAAAACAAGAAGAAAUUUUUUGUUCGGUCAAUGGUUCUGCCGAAUAUAUGGAUCUCGUACCCGUAAGAGAGUUGGAAUCAGCACAAGGCUGGUUGCAGAGGGUGACACUCGCAAAAUUUAAGUGGACAAAUGGAAGGUAUUUUAAAAUGCUUAAUGACUCUCGACCAGAGCUGCGUCGAAAUUUCGAUUUUCGACUUUCGAUUUUCGACGUUUUUUUUACCGAUUUUCGAUUUCCGAAUUUCGAAUUUUUUCAUAAAAUUUCGAUUUUCGAUUUCGAUAAUUUUAGUUUUUUCGAUUUUCGUUUUAUUUUCGACUUUUUUUGCAAAAUUGAAUUAUCUUUUUUCUUAAGAUUUUAUUCAUGCGGCGCCAAAAAAUGA